UAAAUGGCACCUCGAGCUCCAAAACCUUGUGUCACAGCCCCCAGCCUCAGCGUAGCUCCGUUCUCCACAAGCCAUUUCGCUACCUCAUCUACCACAUCUACAUUUCAUCUGUACAUUUCACCUGCAUGUGCAUAAUACAUCCAAGGACCAGCAAUACUAACACCACUUUGCCACGUCGAGCUCACUUCUAGUUCACCUAAAACUCGACGUCGCUAAACUUAUAAUUCUUUUAUAGGCCCCCUCCCUUCCCAAUCAUGUCACUCGAGCCUCCUCCUUAUCUUGGUUCGCUCCAGAACAAUAUACGUCAACGGCCAAUUCCCUGGGCUGGCGCAGCUAGAGCAGGUACCAUCACAGAGGCUCAAUUGGCUAAGAUUAAGGCUGUCGACAAAGUAAAGAGGGAACAGAGAAACCAAGUGGUGGCAGAUGACCUUGAUGGAUAUCGAAUACUAUUUGUUGGAGAGCCAGGCACGCCUGGUGUCUUGGAGUUGGCGAGCGAGCGCUCCGAUGUCAUUCAAAACUUGUUGGUUUUACUGAGUGACCUGCUCGAUGGCGUCCCGGCUCUAGCAAAGGCAAUUUUCAAAGUUGCAGACCCAUACCAACACUUUCUACCUCUACUCGCGCGCUCGAACAAUUCAGAAGACCCCAUCCCUCUCCUCACCUCUACUGUUCUUAGUACUCUUAUGGCCUACUCGAGAGACGAAUCGCAGUCGACGGAACACGCUCUUCCCCUUGUUUUAAGCUACCUAUGCGGCUUGGUAAAGAACUCUAGCGAUGCAGGACUACAAGAUAUUGCUGUUACCAAGUACUCGUCUCUCCUCUAUGGGCGAUCUUCCAGACAGCUCUUCUGGAAGCAAAGAAGCGAGACUGUUGCACCCUUAAUCGAAAUACUCCGAAAAGCCGCGGGUAUCGGUGGCGAAUCUUCUGCGAGUCUCUGGAGCGGCAACACCACAGUAAGGAGCGGUGGUUUCGAAGGUCUCAGCGGUGGGGUUGGUUUACAGCUAUUGUACCACGUCUUGCUAGUCCUAUGGCAGUUGAGUUUUGAAGCAGAAGAGAUUGGUGAUGAGUUGAAUGAUGAAUACGAUAUCGUUCUCUUAUACACUCAGCUACUACGGCUCUCGCCGAAGGAAAAAACCACUCGGCUCCUUCUGUCGACGAUGUAUAAUCUUCUCGAGGCGAACCCGUCUACGUUACUCCCAACGGCAGUUUUGGCUAGAUUUCCCGCAUUGCUGCAGAACGUCAGCGGCCGCCACCUGACAGACCCAGACUUGCUAGAAGACCUGGACAGGCUGAAGGAGAUGCUAGAGGAGUACCAAAAGACCAAGACCACCUUCGACGAGUACGUGGCCGAGGUGCAAUCAGGACAUUUGAGAUGGUCCCCACCUCAUCGCCAUCAGGUCUUUUGGGUGGAGAAUGCGCGGAAGAUUCUCGACUUCGAAAACGGUGAAAUCCCACGAAAAUUGGCGGAUAUCAUGAAGAAGCCAUGGGAAAACGACAAAGCAGUGUUAGCCAUCGCUUGCAAUGAUAUUGGCUGUUUAGUUAAGGAGGUGCCUGAGAAGAGAUAUCAGCUGGAGAAGCUUGGCUUGAAGGCCCGCAUUAUGGAGUUGAUGCAAGAUUCAGAUGAAAACGUGCGAUGGGAAAGCUUGAAAGCUCUAGGUGGGUGGCUCAAGUACAGCUUCGAGAACUAAUAAUCCCCAUUAUUGGGGUAAUCAAUGUGAAUAUGGCUAUAACUUUAUUGUAUUGUAUUGAUUGUCAUUGUCGUUGGUAUUGCACUACCGGCAUAAGGUGCGAUGGUAGCAGCAUCACUUUGUCCUUUUGGGAUCGGAUAGAAAUAUAAGAGCUGACUCGAGCUACCUAUGUAGUAGUAUAGUUAAUUUACUACUAUUGCUAUUACACUAUUACACUAUUACACUAUUACACUAUUACACUAUUACACUAUUACACCAUUACACUAUUACACU